AUUUAAUUGAGAGAGAGAGGCAAACAUCACCAGGGAGGUGUUCUGAGAGGUAAAUGUCUUUGUGCGUCUAAAAAGAACCCCUUCUGCCAAGGCUGCUGUGGCGUGUGAAUGGGAAGCCUAAAAGAUCUAACAGGCGGUCUCAAGGAAACGCUUGCAGGCGGGGUAAAGAUGGAGGGCCCCACUGUGACCGAAAGUGGUCCAAAUCUCAACCCCCACUGUCUGGAAGGAGCAAUGAGGUGUGAGGUCAACUCCAGCGGUGAAUUUUCUCACACAGAUGUAGGUGAAGAGCAGAAAAGUGAUGUCCCACAGUCACUGGGAGCUAACGAUUCACUAGGAAGACACAGUGACGAUGGGGGAAAGGCCCCUCAGUGUGGAAAAUGGUCUGGGGACAAUACAGACACAGUCCCAGGCCAUUUUAUCACAGAAGAGAGUGCAGAAAAGCUGGACUCCAGCUUACCAAUAGUGCCAGUCAACAACCGCACCUCUAGUGAGUUGUUAGAUGAGUCCUUGAACAAAGCUGGGGGUGGUCAAGCUCAAGGAGAGGAGCCAGGGCACGGCACACACGAGGAAGCAAUGAAGAGUGUGAAAUCAAGCAAUCGGGAACCAACAAUACUGGUGACUAAUCAUGACUCCAGUCACUUGACUGAAACAGAAUGUCCCAGAGAGACAGCAUCAACGUUUCAUGCCACUGAGCCUGAGACAGACACACCAUGUAUGGAGGGUCAUGACUUGGGCCACGAGCAAGACGUAGAACUUCACCAGGAAGCUGCACAAUCCAGUGACACACAAACACCGCAUGACUUGAACAUGAAAGAAACUCCUGGUACAGUUGCCCACAAAGAACCAGCUGAGACAAACAUUGAAGUAAAGAAGGCUUCUGAGCAAAAACAUAUGGAACAACUACAGGGAAAUGAAGCAGAAUCUUGCCAUGUUUUCAGUUUUAAAGGACAAUCCCGCGGUGCAUCUUUGGAAGACCCAUCAAAGGAAACUGCAGGUCUGCUGUCGCCUGUCCUUUCGCCAGCUCCCCCAAUCAGUGGACAUCAGCACAUCCAGACUCAGGUCAGCCUGGAGGCUCCGAUGUGCCAUUCGGCUGCCACCAGCCCCAUGACUCCUCCUGAGGGCUGCGGCACCUUCUUUUUCCCAUACUCCUUUAGGAAGGCCGGGCUCGACAGCACGGACACCAGCUUGCUGGUCAACAAGGAUGGGCAAAUGAGCGAUCUGCUGAGUUUUAGAUCAAUCGCCACAUCGCCCAUUGGCCCCCUCACCCCCACUGUCCCAGAGUCCCCCUGCCCUGAGAUCAAAAUUACAGGUGUCAAGGGAGUCACAGAGCUUGAGAAGGUCAACUGGGUAAUGUCAAGCAACAGCCAGAAGGGGGCAGUGCAGGAUGUUCACAGGGAUGAGAGGGGUGUGACUCGGGAGCUUAGUAAGGAUGCAAAAACUGCUCCACAGUCUGCAACCAUUGAGGAAAAGGGUAAAGGAGAAAAGUCCCUAAAUGAGUCCUCAAGAAAGUCCUCAAACGUGGCUGGACCUGGUCAUGCCUCAGGUGAGGAAAAUGUAAAUGGAACACAGGAUACUCAGGUCUCCCAGAGUGUGAACACAGCAGAGUUGUCCCAAAAGCAUAGAGGAUUCGACAAGGGACAGUCUGAGCAAACGAAAACCAGACAGGUGACUGUGGAAGUUCUUGCCUGCAGUGACGGAGCCCCACAUCUGAAAAGUCAGUCCCGUGGUGUAUCUUUGGAGGAGCCAUCAAAGGAGAGUGUAAGUCUGCUGUCCCCAGUCCUCUCACCUGCUCCCCCAAUCAGUGGACAUCAGCACAUCCAGACUCAGGUCAGCCUGGAGGCCCCAAUGUGCCAUUCGGCUGCCACCAGCCCCAUGACUCCUCCUGAGAGCUGUGGCACCUUCUUUUUCCCAUACUCCUUUAAGAAGGCAGGGCUAGACAGCACAGAGACUGGUCUGGCGAGCUUUAGAUCAAUCGCAACAUCACCCAUGACCCCCCUCACCCCAAAAGUCCCAGAGUCCCCCUGUCCUGAGAUAAAAGUUACGGAGGAUAAGGGUGUCACUGAAAUCCCAGAGGAUAAAAAGCCCACAGUGCUAACAGAAGUCCCAGAGGAUAAAAACCCCACAGUGCUAACAGAGGUCCCGGAAGUUAAAAAGCCCACAGUGCUAACAGAGGUCCCGGAGGUUAAAAAGCCCACAGAGCCAACGGAGGGCCCAGAAGUUAAAAAGCCAACAAUGCUAACAGAGGUCCCAGAGGUUAAAAAGUCCACAAUGCUAACAGAGGUCCUAGAGGUUAAAAAGCCCAAAGAGCCAACGAAGGUCCCAGAGGUUAAAAAGCCCACAAUGCUAACAGAGGUCCCAGAGAUACCAGAGGUAAAGAGGGACGCAAUGAUCACAGAUGCUGAGGGGGUCACUGCAUUAACGGCAGAGGAUGGCCAGCAGGAGGCGGUACAGGGUGUACGCUGGGACGAGAAAGGUAUGACAUGGGAGGUGUAUGGGGCCGCUGUGGAGGUUGAGGUUCUGGGCACAGCCAUCCAGAAGCACCUCGAGAAGCAGAGCGAGGACCACGGCAAGGAAGCGCCUUCAGUUUCCCCGCCCGUUUCUCCACCUCCUGACCCUGCCCCCGCCCCCGCCCCCGCCCCCGCCCCCACCGCAGCCGUUGUAUCAGAUCCCCCGCCCUCCCCGCCUCCGCUGCCGCCCUCUCCUCCUCCUCCUUCGCCCCCUCCUCCUACCGCCUCAGCUCCCAGUAGGAGCGGCUCGGUCAAAGGACAGGACGCAGCCGGGGAAGAGCGGGAGGGGAAGAAGAAGAAGAGGCACCGGCGGAACCCCUUCCGCGCCGUGCUAAGGAGCAUGCGCCGACCCCGCUGCUGCUCCCGAGCUCACACCAUCGAGUGA